ACACACAGGGACCUUGGCAGGCCAACGCUGGACGGAGGCUGGGGGAGUCGUCUUGCAAAUAUGGGUCUGCUCUCCCUGAAGCCAAUAGCAAAAUGCCCAUCGAGAUCAGUGGGAGCAGGAGUAGGGCCAAGAACGGGUCGCUCCUAGCCAGUUAAUGACACAGGCACCCUGCCCAGCAGAGGGCUGUGCUGGCAGUGUGCUGGACGAGUCUGGGGGCCACCUCUGGCUGGCACUCACUGGAGCAGAUGGCAGCCACACUGUGGCACAUGGAGGCCAGAUGGCCCCAUAGACUAAGCUCCCUUGUGAUCUCAGCAGCCCUUGCAUAGAUCCAGAGGGAGCAGUGCAUGCUGGGACCAGUUGCCUCUGCAGGCUGCACCUCCCUCUAGACCCUCAGCAAACUUCUCGGUCUAGAAGUGUGCUGCCUCUCUGAGGGCAUCGGUCCCUUCUUCCCACAGGGCAGACGUGCUGCUGCUGCAAUACAGACGGGACUCGUGCCUGCGGGAGCUGCCGGAGCUGGAGAAGGUGCUCAGUACACUGAGACAGCAGCACUCCACCAUGCACAGCACCCAGCUGGGGGCCUUCCAGGACGAGGUCUCCUCACUAGCAGCCGAGCGGGAGGAGCUGAAGGCCCAUGUGUGUCACCUGGAGGGCAGCUUGUCCUCUGAGCAGCGGGCAGCCAGAGCUAGGAUCGAGGAGCUGCAGGAGUGCCUGGAGGAAGCUCAGAACAAGCUGGAGGAGAGGAGGGUAAAGGGGAUGGAACUGCAGGAGGAGACCACGCGACUGAGACUGCAGCUCAGGGAGCUGGAGAGGAAGCAGGCAACAGCUCUGAGUGGGCAGAUCCGAGACCUCCAAGUGCGGGAGAGGGAGCAGGAGCUGAGACUCUCUGCUAUGGAGAAGAUCCUCUCGGAGAAGGAGCUAGAACUGGUGAGGCUGCAAGAGGUCGUCUGUGCCCUAACGGCUGAGAAGGAAGUGCAGCAACGUGCUAUGGAGAACCUGAGAGAAGAACAUGACAGGCAGCUGGGGAAGAUGCAGCAGGAGAAGAAGCUGGAGUGGGACCAGCAGAGGGAGGAGCUGCAACGUCUGAAGCAGCAGGAGCUCCAGGAGUUUGCAGAGAGUUUGGAGCAGGUGAAGGCCAGGGCCCUCCAGGAUCAAGCUACCUCCUUCCAGAAGGAAGUGGAGAAUCUCACCAGGGUGCUCAAGGCCCGAGAUGAAGAUAUUCGGAGGCAGCGGGAGGCCAUGCAGCAACAGAAGAAGUCUACAGAGCAGUUGGUCAGAGAGCUGAAGCAGGAAGCCAAGGAGAUGGUUCAGAGUGCUCUGCUUCAAGAGCGAAGGAAGUGGGAAGCUAAGAAGAGGGAAGCGCUCCAGGUGCAGCGUGGGACGCUGGAAGAGCAGAGCCAGAGAGUGCACGCUGAGGCCCUGGACAAAGAGAGGAGGACAGUGUCCGUUUUGCAGAAUAAAACCCUGGAGUUCCAGAAGAGAAUUCAGGAGCUGGAGCUCCACAGCCGCUCGCUCCAGCGGGAGAAGCAGGAGGCCCUGGAAGAGCUGCGGACGUUGCUGCAGGAGGAGAAGACAGAGGCACUAAGGAGACUGAGCGAGGAGCUGGAGCAGGAGAGGGCUCAUGAGAGCGACCGGCUGCGAGCGAGGCUGCAGCAGCUGGAGGAGGAGCAGAACCACUUGCGGGCUGAGCGGAAUGAAAUGUCCUUCCGGGAGUGGGAGGUACAGGCCCAAGCUGAGCAGGCCGAGCGCUCCCUGGCCAGGGAGAUUGGUGCGGCAUGCCAACGCCUCCAGGACCUGCUUCCUGAGAGAGCCAGGGGGCAGAUGGCACAUGGGAGCCCAUCUGCCCUCUCAACCAGCCACGCACUCCAGCUCCUGCAUGGAGUGAGCGAGGAGACCCAGCGCUACCUCGGAGCCUUGCAGCAGGAACUGGAAGCUCAGAAACGUACCAUGCUUCACUUCCAGGAGGAGAAGGAGUGGGAGCUGAGACAGCAGCGAGAGCAGCUUCACUUGGAGAGCAAGGAAGCCCUGGAGGCCCUGAAGGAACGACUGAUCCAAGAGCACCUCCAGGAGAUCGCCAGCCUGCAGCGCAGCCAGCUGAAGGAGCCUGGGGGCGGGGAGCAGCAGAUGCUGCGCCAGCAGCUGCGGGAGAAGGACAAUGAGCUGCAGGCCAUCCAGAGGAGCAUGGCCCACUGGAAAGACCAGACCACCUGCAAGCUGGCCCGCAAGUUUGAGGAGGAGCUGAAUGCCGAGCUGGAGAUGCGCUUCUCCUGGGACAGGCCCAGGGGCCUUCGCAGGAGUGUGGAGAGACUGGACGCAGAAAUCGGGCGGCUUUCCACGGACCGGCACGAGCACACCCAUCUCUGCCCGACCACCUCCUCCUCCCUGUGCACCACCCCCCAACUUGGGGGGCGCAGCUUUGUGUCCUCGAAGCUCCUGCGCCAACUGCAGGGCCGUGUGAGGGAGCUGCGAGCGGAGCACGCCCUCUACCGCGGGGGCAGCCUGGACGACCUCGCUGCCCUGCGAGCAGAGCCAGGCCAGACGGGAAGAGAAAAGUUCCCUGGGGCAAACUAUAGGAAGUAGCGCGUGCGCUGCUGGGGAACAUGAAGCUGAGCAGGUGGAAGAGUCAUCUUCUGUGGCUAGACAGUGGGUGGUACAGGACUGGCUAUGGCAGGGGUGGAGUCGCUCUAGACGUCGACGGUAUCCAGCGGUGCACUCGCUGCUCCUGGGAGUCAGGAAAGAAGCUGUCACAUGAGUUUGAGAAGAACCCAGGAGGUUCUCUGCUGGUCACAAACCCUUGGCUGCUUUUCAUGCUCCUGGGCUGUUUCCUGCUUGGUGAAGCCAAGGCCCUUGUUCCCUUCCGAUCAGACCCGUUCCAGUCCGUGGCUGAAGACGGGAGUGAUCGGUUCAGAGAGGGGAUCUAGGGCAAUACCGGAGCCAUGCAGUGACUGUUCAGUGCUGGGGCCAGUCCAAAGAGCAAGUCCAGGCAAACACUGGAAGAGUCUCCGCUGAUGCAUCAGGGGGUUGGUGCUGUGAGAGAAGGGGCGGAGAGGGUCUCAUAGCCUCGGGACUGGGGUGAUGUUUCUUCUGCUAGCAGAGGGAAGGUGGAGAAGCGCUGCACCUCUGGGCUGAGUGUGGGUGGCUCUGGCAGCUACAGGGCAAAGAGUGCCUGUUGUUGUGGCCGCUGGUAUUCGUACGUGUCUGAAGGAUGCCUUGGCAUCCUUUAAACCCAGCCUGGCUCCUGUUCCAAGCAGGAGGACUUUAUGCUAAGCUCUUUGGGGCAGGGACUGUGCCUUCCUCCGCGUUGGCAAGUGCUACCAGCAUAUGACUAAUGAUGUUAACUCAGCAAUCUGUGGGAAAUUACCAAAAUGAUGAUAAUCCCUAGGUCUUCAAUAGCACUGUUCAUCGGCAGAUCUCAAAGCUCUUUAAAAAAGAGGUCAGCUUCAUUAGCCUCAUUUUACAGGUGGGGAAAUGGAGGUAUGGAAAGGUGAAGUGACCUGCCCAAGGUCACCCAGCAGGCCUAUGGCAGAGUCAGGAACAGAACUCAGGUCCCCUGAGGGGGGGUCAGAUAUUCCAGAAGUACAUGCAUGCCCCUCCCAAGAGCAAGCCGAGCGGUCUGGGCACAGUGCUGGCUGGUUGGACCGCAGCGUCUGAAGAUGGCUCAGGAUUCUGCAUCUUGUUUUCACUGCUGGUUGCUAGCUAUCUGGGUCCCCACCUCGCCUCCAAGUAGCCUCAGAGCCGUCUUUGCAACGCCUUGUUGCAGCGCUUUGCCAGCUUUCAAAAUGCAGCUGGGGGCAGGUGUGUGUAAAAGUAGCCUAGAUGUCAGGUAUGAGGCCUGCUGCAGAGCCAGUCUCUGGGCAGCCUGAUGAGUGCAGCUGGCGUACAGCAGGCUGCCGGAUUUGCUGUAUCCCGAUGGGUGGGCAGAGGCUCAAAGCAUUUGCCCAUGGCUGUGAUAGCUCCUGUUCCUGCUUGUUUCCAAUCCUACUUGUGCCUUGCCUCAGUCCAGGUAAUCCAGCUCUGACUCACAGCUCUAACUCCAGUUCCUCCCCGAGCUCCUAUUCUUGGCUACUGAAUUGUUCCAACCACUAGGCAUGACUGCCCAUCUCCGGGGCUCUGAGACCGAGCAGAGGGUGAGUUCCAGGGCGGGUCAGCACUGAGAAAUGGUCCAGAUAAGCUCACGCUGCUGCAGCUGCCUUUGUAGAUGUGCUGCUACUGUCUAGCUUCAGUCCCUACACCAGCAUCUUCUGUUUAAAUGCUGAUGGGGGUGCUAGAGUGGAUGUUGAUCAGGUUUUUGCCUCAGUGCUUCAAAGAGUCUUUAAAAAGUCCAGUGUGUUAGUGUGAAAGGUAAGGCUUUGGCCUCCUCAGGGGGCCCACAGGAUUUGUGGAUUUGGAGCAUCUUGAAGACUAGCAGGCAAAGCGCUCCCUACGCCUUGCAAGCCAUGGUUAACCCACUAGUCCAAGCCCUGCUAUAUUGUGACAUUAAUGUACCGUACCAGCACAAUCAAGACAUCUGUACCUCUUAUUACAUGCAGGGUGUUCCAAUUUCUGUCCAUGCCCAUGGAACAGGGUAUUGCAACCAUGGCUGUAGAUACUUUGUAUAUGUUUGUAUAUAAACACAAUACGGCAUGCUGGGAGCUCCUGGUUUUAUAUGUGGGGGGCAGUAAGAGGUUUUUGGGGGAGUGGGGUGGUAAUUUUGUAGGGAUGUUUUACAAGACGCUUGUCCAGCAGGCCCCUCAGGGCAGUGUUUGAAGCCAGGAUAAAACUGCAGCAGCAGCAUGACAGUGGGGGAAAGAAAACAUAAAACAAGGGGACCCACAAAUACUAAAGCUGUGACACACCUUUGGCCAGAAUAAAUCUUUUAUCCCCCACAAAA